AUGCCUCAAUACAAGGAAGGAGACAAGGUUGAAUACCGUCCCAUCGGCGGCGAGAGCGACAACGUUUCUCACUCCACCGGCGUGAUCGAGGAGAUUAAGGAGGAGGAUGGUGUGACCAAAUAUACCAUCAAGAAUGACAAUACUGGGAAAUCUACUACUUAUCAGAACUACCGCUUCCACGAAUCCUCCCGCUCCCAACUCCUCGCUGCAAUCGAACUCUACCUAAACAUGUUCGACCGCGCACCAACCUACGUUCCAGACGAAUCACCCUCUGCGGAGGGGUUGUUGGAGGAUGCGCUCAAGGUGCCGAUAUUCAAUGGGAAGAUGAAGGGGAAGAUGGUUAGGUGGUUGGAGGAGGUGCAGGCGAGGAAUGGGGGGACGCCUACGGAGAAGGAGAAGGAGAAGGAGAAGGAGGAUUGGGAGUUGGAUUGGGAUGAUCCGAGGGCUUGGGGGGAGGGGAGGCACGAUGGGGAGGAAGAGGAAGAAGCGUGA